GACCACUCCCAGAAACACCAGAAGGAUAUCGAUAUAUAGUUGUUGCCACGGACUAUCUUACCAAGUGGCCGGAAGCACGAGCACUUAAAAAUGCUAAUGCUGAAUCUGUUGCCUCUUUUCUUAUAGAGGAUAUAAUAUGCCGUCACGGAAGUCCCC